AUGCUGGAAUCGUUGCGGCAGAGUACAAAGAAGCAAGUUUCGGAAUUGGAUCUUGAGAAGGUUUUAAAAGAGCAAGAUGUUAAACUAGACGAGAUGCAUCAAUAUUCUCGGCGAGAUUGUAUAGAAAUUACAGGCAUUCCAGUAACCUCUAAUGACAACCCGAAGCAGUUAACCGUAGAGUUGGGAGAAUUGAUGGGUAUAGCAAACAUUUCUGAACAUCAUAUAUCAAUAGCUCAUAGACUACCAUCUACGAGAAAUGUUGAUAGCUAA